AUGGCUGCCGCGAAGACGGGAGUGAAAACCGUCUCGGGUGCUAGCGGCCCAGUAAGAGUUGGAUAUUAUGAAAUGGAGCGAACAAUUGGAAAAGGGAAUUUUGCCGUAGUCAAAUUAGCCACACACAUCGUUACAAAAACAAAGGUAGCGAUAAAGAUUAUAGAUAAAUCACAAUUAGACGAAGAUAAUUUAAAGAAAAUUUAUCGUGAAAUACAAAUAAUGAAAUUAUUAAAACAUCCACACAUUAUUCGUCUAUACCAGGUAAUGGAGACAGAAAGGAUGCUGUAUUUAGUAACAGAAUAUGCUAGUGGAGGAGAAAUAUUUGAUCAUUUGGUAGCACAUGGUCGUAUGAAUGAAAAAGAGGCUAGAAAGAAGUUUAAGCAGAUCGUAGCUGCAGUAGCGUACUGUCACAGUCGUCAGGUGGUACAUCGCGAUCUUAAAGCAGAAAAUCUUCUUUUAGAUGCUAAUCUCAAUAUUAAAAUAGCAGAUUUUGGUUUUAGUAAUUAUUUCUCUUGUAAUGGUAAAUUAAAAACGUGGUGUGGUAGUCCACCAUACGCAGCUCCUGAAUUAUUUGAAGGCAAAGAAUACAAUGCUCCUAAAGUGGAUAUUUGGAGUCUUGGAGUAGUGUUAUAUGUCUUAGUAUGUGGUGCUUUACCAUUUGAUGGUAGUACAUUACAAAGUCUUCGAGCCAGGGUACUCAGUGGAAAAUAUCGCAUUCCAUUUUUUAUGUCGACUGAUUGUGAGUCAUUAAUACGAGGUAUGUUGGUAGUUGAACCCUCUAAACGAUUCCACAUGGAUAAAAUCAUUCAUCAUACGUGGAUGGGUAGUAGGGAGGAAGAUGGAGAGGAUUUUAGUGAACUUGUAUCACAGUAUAACCUGUUCACAGAUCAUGAAUCGGAUGUCGGGGAAACAAGUGAACAGAUAUUAGAUUAUAUGGAGACGUUAGGAAUGGACAGGGAAAGAACUGUUAAGUCUGUUGAAGACCGUUGUUAUGAUCAUCAUAGUGCCAUCUAUCAUCUGCUGCUUGAAAAAUAUCGUAAACAUCCUAAAAUGCUUUCUAAUCGCCUUCCCUACACAAUUCUUCCGAUUGCUACACGAACUGAAAGACGUUCGAGCAUUACAACUGGAGUGGUUGAGAGAGUUGAAGUACCAGUUGAAGUCCAUGGACAUAAUCACCCUCAUCAUCCACCACUUCCCACCACUCUCGUUCCUUCUCUACUUGGUGCUACCAUUCCAAAAGUGCAAUUCCUUCAUGACAGUAAUCAUUUAAUAGCUCAACCUGAAGACAGUAAUCAGUCUGAUUCAGACGAGGAACCAUCACCUGAAGCGUUAGCUCGUUAUCUGGCAAUGAGACGACAUACUGUUGGGGUUGGAGAUUCACGUCUAGAACCCCCAGAAGAUGUCCGAGCUAAACUAGCUAAUAAUCAGCCCAUUUUGGCGCAACAACAGCCUAAUCUCUUCCUCACACUACAGGGUUGGCCUAAUAGUCCUCCUGCUAAUAAUCUUCCACUAACAAACACCCUCCCUCCACACAGUCUAACUAUACAAGACAGUAACAAUCUACUACAACCACCAUCAUUGAUGGGAGGAGCUGGUAAUACUCUGAGUCGAAGGGCGUCUGAUGGUGGUGCAAAUAUACAUCUCUUUUCACAACAAUUUCAUCGUCAAGCUUAUAUGGACAGUCAACUUGGCAGUCAUGAAGCACUUUCAUCUUCCACACUGUCACCUACAGGCAUUCCACUUCCAACACCAUCGUUACAGAACUCUAUAACAGUGGAGGAGGCUGAAGAUUGCGGAUCAGACCAGGAGCCAGAUCCAGACGCAGUUUCCAGAUAUUUAGCUAAUCGAGGUUGGUCCAAACGUCAUACUUUAGCAGUGGCGAAUCCAGUUAAUGAAAUUCCAGACGAACUUCAGCAGAAAUUAUCACUUCAACCAAUCAGAGCUCGACGUAGCGGAGGGCUUCUCUCUCCACAAGAACGACCAAGUCGUGAAACAUAUAAAGAUAUAAAUAGUUUACAUUUACCUAAUGAGAGAUUUUCACCUGUACGACGUGCAAGUGAUGGUUUAUCUAAUUUACAUAAAUAUCAAACUCACCUGGAACGAAUAUUUAAAGAAACAAUCGGCCAGCAACAACUAACAGUACACAGCGCCACUUCUUUACGAUCAACUGGACGAGGCAGUGCCAGUUCUCUGAAGGCAUUACAACAAGAAUGUCAAGAACUUCAGAAACAAGUUAGUAGUCGUGAUAGUGAUAAACAUGGCCGUCAACAAAAUCCUCGAUAUCAACAAUCAUUUCAGACGCAAUCAUUACAACGUUCACCGAAUCCUUCCCCACCACUUCCAAGUUCACCAAAUUACCAGCUACCACAGGUUAAUAAGCCUGAUAUACAACCUGCCAAUUUAUAUCAACAUUUACAACAGCUUCAUCUACAACAGAUGCAGACCAAUACUGUUAUUCCAAAUUAUAAUCGUACUAGUCCUCCAACACUAACAGCUGGUCACCCCCCACAACUAUCCGAGUCCCCACCAUCUUCCUUCACGGCCAUUUAUCAUCAGCGUAACAGUCCUCCUCCCAACUUUCAGAAUCUUCACAUGAUUCGUGAAGAUGCCAUCGAUAUCACAACUCGUGCUGCUGAAGACGAGGAAAUGGGGGAAAGUCUUCCAGAUCGAACAAGUCAAGAUAUUCGCCACAAGCAGUUUGCAGGAAAUCCUCAGAUAAGUAUCACAGACACACAGGGUCAUGUCACUGAUGUUCCAACCCUGCAGGAAGAGGACAAUGAGAUGGAUACAAAGGAAACGACCGUUGACACUACAACAGCGAAAAAAUUUGGUGGCUUUACCCCAAAGGAUGUUCCCGUAUCUCACCCACCCAGUGUACAUGCUGCCCCCUUCCCUGUGUUUAAUAUGUUUAACAAUCUUGUGAAUACUAACCUGACCUCUAUACCGUCUGUCAGUUCUAAUGGUGAUUCGGGUCACAGAGGUCAUACGAUGACAGAUACUCCACCUGCCUGGUGUAAUACACAAUACUUGAUAAAUUCCGAUCCCUUUCCACGACUGAAUCAAGGACGUUUUCGUCGCCACCAUACCAUUCAUGACUCAUACGCUCUUCAAUAUCCUAUAUUACAAAACACGCCUUAUAUUACCCUUGAUCAGAUCCCCACAUCACACAUUCACGAUCCACGAUUACGAGCUAGCAGCUUAGACCAAUCAGAAAUGAUGUCUAAAGCUGUUUUAGAUUUCUCUUCAUCCAAUCCAACUGCUGGAAUUUCUCGUAAAUCACCAAUCAGCUUCGCUCACUGCUCCCAGUCGGCACUUUCCCAGGAGAGUUCCGCUGAUUCCAAACUUCUUUUAAACAUUAAUCCAGCUUUACAUAAGACUGUUGAAGAACUCCUCAUGGCCAUCAAGUUAAUUUUGGAUACGCGUUGUCCGAAUGUUGAUUAUCAGUGUUCACAGAACAUGUUCAGACUUACGAACAAUAAUGUUCAAAUGGAAAUGGAAGUGUGUGAAGGGGAAACCCCUGGAGUUCAAGUGCGGAAACUUUCCGGUGAUAAUUUAAUUUAUACCCAGUUUUGCCAUGAGUUUGUGUCGUGUAUGAAUAUGUAAAUGGUCUCUGUGUUAUUGUAAGUUUUUUGUUUUCUAUAUGUGAAGAGAUAAUAUUCUGUUUUAACAUGGUCCAGGAACGAAAGAUGUGCACGCCUAGAAACUUUUUAAAAUUAAAUUUUAUUUGUGGUAUAUUCUGUUAUUGAUUUUAAAAUUAAUAUUACAAUGAAAUUUUAAUAUUGUUUUCAUGGUUUUCUUAGCUGUAUAUGUAAAUGUUCCUUUUAGGGAAUUUUAAAACAGAAAUUAAAGGUAAUCCAUACUAAGAAUGUAUUCCAUAUGGUCAUAACCUUGAUGAUGGUUGUUUAGAAUAACAAAAUGUUGAUUUUAUUAGAUCUGAGGUGUCAAUUUUUUUGAUGUAACAGAUUCUUUUGACUGGAGAUCUUGCCAAUAUUAAGAUGAUACUUGAAGGUAUGUUUCAAUUUUAGGAUAUACUCAAGGUAUGCUUUAAUUUUAAGAUAUACACGAAAGUAUGUUUCUAUUAUGUAAAAAAAAAACAAAGUAAAAGUAGAGUAAGAAUACCUGUUCACUAGUCAACAAAACACCUUGAAUGUAAUCUAAUCAAUGUUUUAUUUUUAAAACAAUUCUGAGAGGUUCUGUCAUAUUUAUAUAUGACCAAAUCAGUUAUGUUUUAGAUUUUUUGUUGUUGUACUUAGUACAAUGUACUACAAUGUAGUCGUAAAGUCAAAAAAAAAUAAACGAAACAACAUUUGAAUCUAAUUUUAAGUAUAUUGAGCUGUCUGGUAUAAAUAGUGAAGUUUUACUGCAAAAUAGAUUAACAAAAUUUUAUAAUCAAAAUAAUGUAAUAUACUUAUAAUUUUAUCCAAUAUGGCUGUGACCUUAGAUUACAGUAGAAUUUGUUACAUAAAGCUGUUUUUAUACCAUGGAAUAGAAGAUGUUCGUACAAAAAAGGAAAAUAUACAGAGAAAAGGGAUAAAGAGAUGAAAAAAAAUCUUAUUUUUAUAGAAAUAUUUAUUUUAAGUAUCAAUAUUUGCUUAUCUAUAACAUUGAGUCAACUGGCGUGGUUUUGAUUCCCCGGUUGUAUGAGACAAGGAGUAGGGUUGCCUGUCCAACCUCGUGGGUUUUCUCUGGGUCAUCCGGUUUCUCCCACUGCUAUAGACCCCUAUGCACAAGUGAAUUAUUGAAUUAAAAUUGAACCAUAUGUUAGUCCUGAAAUAACCUAGUUUUUGAGUGGACGUUAAACCCCAUUUCUCUCUCUCUAUCAUAACAAAACAUAACAGUCUUUUUGUUGAAUAACUUUUAAGGUAAAGAUUUCAGAUUAUAAAUCCGACAGUUUUAUGUUUUAUUUAUUUGUAUUAAUGGAUGAAUAUUUAUAAGUAAAUGUAUAGGUAUAUCAUUAAAUAAGUUAAUAAAGUUUAUGUUUAAAAUGCUGCUGGUUCACUGAAUAAAUAGAAGAUUUUAUGUGCCUGUGGACGUUCUAAAUAGAGGAACUCUCUUGAUGGAAAGAUUGCGUAGACUAGGUUAGUUACUUAAAGGCUCAAUACCACUCUUGUUGUAACUGAAUAAUAUGUCCCAAUCUUUAUUCUGGUCAACAAAUUGUACUAUUUUACAAUAUUCCAAUUAAUUGAUGAUACAAAUUUCAUCUUAACACACCUAAUUUAAAAAAUUGGAAAAAUUCAACUAAAUGAUUUGAAAAGUCUAACGUAAACCUUUUCAAAUGUGACAUGGAUUUAAAAAUAUUUUCGAACCCUCUGGAAAUGUAAAAUAGGAUGCAAUGGAUAAUUCACACAAUAGGUAGGACACUUAAACAUCUAAUACUUAGAAUAAGGCUAAUAUUUAUUUACUGGAGCUGCCAAGCCAGCAAGAGUGUUAUUGUCCCUUUAAUAAGACUUAAAUCUAGAAAAUCUAGAUUUUUGUCUGAUUUUGUUAGCUAUGUUUUUAGGAGAAAAAAAUCUCCUUAUAUGAUCUUAAUGAGUGGAAAAUGUCUGAUUUAUUUUAAAUAUUCCAUCAAACUGAUUAUAAUUAUUACAUAUGUAUGUCAUAUAUUAUUUAAAAAUUUAAUUACAUUUCUUCUAUAUAUUCAAAAGUACAAGAAAAUAUUGUAGAUACAUGUUGGUUAACAAGUCUAAGGUUUAUAAUGUUAAUUGAUGAUUAUGUUGUAAUAUAUAAUAAGCUUAUAAAAUUUCAUAAUCCUUUACUGGAAUUUAGAGAUUGGAAACUUAACAAAACUAAAACAGUUAUAUAGGAAUGAAAUGAGAUGAGGUUAAUGUCUGUACAGACUGAGCUAAUGAGGACAGCAUACUCCAUAGAGUGUGCUAGGGGGGGAUUUUGUCCGGAAAGCAGUGCUACGGCCUACUCUUAUAUUGAAUUCCAACUGCCAGGGGAUUUUUUUCGUGCAUGCCAAUGUGUACAUGGGAUGUCGAUUUUUCAAUCCCAUCCGAACAACUAUGCAUUGUCUCUUGCCAGACCCUCUACAAUGCACCAUUGACAAGGGGGAACCACACUGGAAAAUCCUGAUGAACUUUCUCAGCCAAUGCAGGGAUCGAACAUGGGAUCUUCAGGUUAGCAAGCCAACAACUCACAUUUUGAUAAAUAUCCUUUUAUCAUUAUAAAGAACAACAUUGUUAACAAUUAGAGAAUACUUAUGAAAAUGUUGUUUAUAAUAAACCAGUGAUUGUUGUCCUAUAUAACUAUGUUAGUUUUGUUAUAAAAUUUCCUUAUUAGUUUAUAUUACAUACAAUAUUCAACUCUAAUAGUCACAUAUAACCAGUCUUUUGAUAAGAUAUGAUGCCACUUUAUUAUUUGAACAAGACUACGAAAUAUUUUCUUUUUAUGGAAUCAGAUUUGUUUUUUGCAGUAUAUUUUUCUCCCCCCAAAAAUCUGAAAAGAAUAAAAAUUAUUUUCUAAAGGAAGAUCCUUUAAGUUGAACCCAAGAAUAAUGACUGGUUUCCAUGUAGUUUUUUUAGGUGUUUACAUCUGAUUUGACGUCAUUAUCAUAUUUCCUUUUGAACAUGUGUUUUUACAUUGAAUUGUUGUAGAAGUUGAACUUUUUUAAGACUCUGCCAACAUUAUGUGGUAAAUGUAACAAUGUGAAUGUUAACAGUACAAAAAAAAACACCACAUCGUAAUAGGGCUUUUAGAUGACUGGACUAUGUGAGUUAUUUAUAUAAAGUCAUUGUGUAUAUUAAAUGUAUAAAUAUUCUUUAUAUAUAUUGUAUAAUCAUGUUAUGUACAGUUCAAUAUACUGCAAGUAGGAUCACUUUCAUCUGUUAUUAUCUCCCCUUGUCUCAUUUCUUCAAUAUUGUGGAAAAUGCCAGAUGCUGCUAACGAUUUUAAAUCAUCUACGGAAAAAAGUUAAUUCAAAAAUAUUCAUAAAAUUCAGAGCCAACGAAUUACUUCAAGUUUAAGAUUACCAAUGAUUGAUGGUUGUAUAUCAAGCAUACAAAUUGAAAUCGUAUGAUAGAAGAAAUAAGACCUAUGAAAUUAAAUGAGCGAGACAGGGAACUUGUUGUUUGUAUAUUAAAUUAAACAUAAAUAAAUCUUCAGAGUUAAUACUGUUUUGCAAUGAAUAAUUUACUUACACUUUUCUUGCUCCUAAUAAGUCAGAUGUUUUUUGGUAAUGUAAAUAUAUUUUAGCAUUCUCAAGAGUUUUUAUGGUAAUAUAUUGGCUUAGGGUGGUUAUGUAUUACCAGUAGCCAUAUCUAGCUAAUAUAUUAGUUUUUUGUGGCUAAUACAUGGACACUGGGUUAUGGAUUUUGAAUAAUAUAUUGGCAUGGGAUAAUAGAUUAGUAAUCAUUUAAUUUAAAAUACCGGUACAUUGGCAAAAGAAGGUAGAUGAUUUUGAAAUUGAGGUGGGGUAUUUCUCAAAAAUAAUUUGGUGAAAGUGGUCCUGCUUCCAUAAGUUGUAGUUGUAAUCUUUCUAAACUCUUCAUUUCAUUUAAUUUUAUAUCUUUGGUUAAUUUUAUUCACAUAUUUAAAUAGUUAUUUUCCAGGCGUGAUCAUUGAGAAUAAUUAUGUGAAUUUGGUUAAAAGUGGAAAUGAAAUCAAUAAUAAUUUUUCUUUCGAAAUGGCACACCAGCAAACUCUUUACAAAUUAGAAAUAGACAUUAUGACAAAAAAUUGUUUUAAUAAAUUGAUAUUCAUAUGGUUGUGAAAGGCUAGAUUUAAUCUCAGUCCUCCGAGGUAAGUUUUAAAAUUACAUUUGAAACAUAGAUGAAAUUUAAAAUAUAUUCUCAAAACAGUGACAACAAAAUAAUCAUGGUAAAUGUAAGAUUUGGAAAACAAACAUACAUGUAGUGAUGGAAGAAAUGAAAUCAAGACCAAGUGAUGGAACAAGGUUAUGAAAUAAUAGACACUGCCAGGGAAUAACCUAGUUCGAUUUUUAAUAGAGAUUUAGGAGGCCAUAUAUGGCCAUACUUUCAUUGAAACAAUGCCCUGUAUUUGUCAUUCCGUGACAUCGUGUGCAAACUGAAGAAAAUUUAAGCCAUCAAAUAUUGGAGUUAUUUCCCUUGAAUUAGAGAAUUAUAUGUUUGAAUUGCGUGUAUAUGAAUGCGAAAUGGUUCUAUACAACCUGUUAUAAGUAAAUGUUUAUUUGUUAUUAUAUAUAUGAUUUUUAUUUAUGUAAAUAGAUGCUUGUUUAUAUAUUACUGGUGUUUAUUUAAUUAGAUAUCUGUAUAUGAUGUCAUUUUACAAUUAUCGUUUAUUAUUCUAAGUUUUAUCGUUUGCAUCUAUUGAAGACAUAUUACUUUCAUGAAAUGAGAUAGACACCUUAAAAAAUGAAGAAAUAAUAUGGUUUGAUAGAUAAUCAAACAGAUUUAGAAUUUGUCCCGGAGACGAACAUUAGGGAGGAACUAGAUUCCUGGGGGGACAAUUUUAUUCUUUUUAAAAAUACCUUUGUUCCUUUCCCCACAGAGUUCUACCCCCAUCAGUUUUAAAAAUAUGUUUGUUCCUUUACCCACAGAGUUCUACUCCCUCAAUUUUCUUUUAUGUAUUACUUUAUGUCUGAGGCAUUUAGAUUUUAAAAUUUCUUAACAAGUCGAGGGGGGGUUGGAUGGCUGAAUGGUUAGCUUGAGCGCGCUGUAUCAUAAAGUCUGUCAUAGAGUCGACUGGCGUGGUUUCGAAUCCCCGGUUGUACGUGGCAAGGAGUAGGGUCGCCUGUCCAACCUCGUGGGUUUUCACCGGGUCCUCCGGUUUCCUCCCACUGCUAAAGACCCCUAUGCGCAAGCGAAUUAUGUAAAUAAAAUUAAACCAUAUGUUAGUCCCGAAAUGACCUAGUUUGUGUCGAGUGGACGUUAAACCCCAUUUCUCUCUCUCUCUCUUAACAAGUCGGUCAGUGUCUGAUAUAAACUAUAAAUGACUAAUUUUAUUACAUGUUAGCAAAUUAUAUAAUACUUAUUUAAUGUUGGGCAUAUUUCCAGAUUUAAUUGGAGAUUUAAGAAUUUGGAUUUCAAGAACCUUCUCCGCUAAAGAUAGAAAAAUUAGUGGCAAAACCAUUCAAAUAAUUUUGAUCCAUUUAGAUCUAAUUUAUUAAUCUAUCAUUGUGUUUAGCCCACUGUUACAAAUCAAAGUUUAACUGAUGUACACUUAUCUACAAGGUUUCUGAAUUUGGCUGACAUCUGUGUAUAGCUAAAUCUAUAAAUUUGUAUCCUGCCUAAAAUGCUUUCAGUUUGUUUGUUAUUCUUUGUUUAUUAUACAAAAGUAGACGUUCAGUGAACCUGUUGUAAUUUAUAUAAAUUUAUUAUUGUUUAUAUAGUACCAUGUAUAAUGUAUGAUACACCCAGUUGUCUGCCCUUUGGUUAUUUCAUUUUCAUCACAUACAUUAUGCUAUAAUCUAGGGGUAGAUAGCUUUGUCUAAAUGUAUAUAUAAUGAUUGUAAGUAACACACAUCCCCCAUCACAACACAUCAUAUUAAAAAAAAACAUUGCUAUUGUAUAGUAUCAUGUAUUCACCCCUUCCCUACCCCCCUUCCCUAUAUUUGCUCAUCCAACAUUCAUACAAGUGAAACAGUUAUUGACUUAUUUAACAUUUUUAUUGUUAUCAGCUGAUAAGAUGAAAUAAAUUUAUGUUAUCCAAAAUAUUAAA